CUCAGUCUGACUCCAGCGUUUUCACUGGAAGGACAUCUUUAACCGCUUUUGUCCAUAACACGUCAUUUCGCGACAUUUUGGCAUGCUGAAUAUCUUCUGAUCCAAUGCUAAAGUGGACUCUUCUCUACCAUAUACUGUGAUCAUCCCUUGCUGCUGACCACACCAGGCACCAUGGCUCUGCCGCCGCCGCCGCCGUCGUCCCAGACGAUGAACGUGAACCUGGAGUUCUCUCUGCCGGUGGACCUGGUGUACAUCAGGGACGCCGAUCAGCUCCACGCGCCCCUGGCGUUCGUCGCGCCCCUCGCGCUGGGCUUCGUGUUCAUCGCCAAGGCGUUCGCCGCUGCCGGGCCGCCGCAUGCCGAGCGACGCUCGGACACCGGCCGUCGGAGCCGUCGGGGCGUCGAUUCCGACGGCGACGGCGCGGGGCCGGACCUGUCGACGGUGCUGAACCAACUCAACAUCCGCGCCCCAGCCUGCCAGGCGCUGGUGGUGUGCGAGACCCACCGACUGAUCGCCAGCCUGCCGGAGCCACUGCUGCACCACUACAGACGACUCAGCGGUCGCCUGAGAGGGGUACAUCACUUCAGCGACUCUGCUACCCUCGGACUGAACAGGGGCGACUGUCGGGCGCGGGACGGUGAGCGCUGUAAAAAGACGCCGCUCGAGCUGCUGCUGAACACAGGACUCUUCCGCCAGCGACGGAACACGCUCUGA